GGUCAAGAACAUCUGAACCCACGGUGGCAAUAUUCUUACUGCUGUGAGAGACCUUCCCACCAAGUCCAGCAGCUUCUUUUCUUCACUGUGCACCCUCUGCUGGUUAGUGUGGUAGAGUGAGCUCAGAGAAAAGAAGGAAUCUGAUCCAUGAAAACCUAGGUUUGUUAAGAGACCAACAUGUCCUCUCCUGCCAGUCCCAAAAUCCUAUACAGGAAUCCCCGGUUCCUCCGGCUAGCUUUUCUGCAGCUUCAUCACCAGCAACAGAGUGGUGUGUUCUGUGAUGUCCUUCUGCAGGCAGAAGGUGAGGCAGUCCCAGCCCAUUGCUGCAUCCUUUCGGCCUGCAGCCCCUUCUUCACAGAGCGCUUGGAGCGGGAGAGGCCAGCUCAGGGUCGGAAGGUGGUGCUCGAGCUGGGGGGCCUGAAGAUCAGGACACUUAGGAAGCUGGUGGACUUCCUGUAUACCUCAGAGAUGGAAGUAUCUCGAGAAGAAGCCCAGGAUGUGCUUUCUGCUGCCCGGCAGCUCCGUGUAUCUGAGCUAGAAUCCCUCCAUCUAGAGGGUGGGAAGUUGGUGAAGGCCCCUCAGGGUCGAAGACUGAACAGGGAGUGCCUACAACCUCCAAGUGCUGCUCCCAUCUCUGCCAGGGUGGUGGCAUCCAUCUGCCGCCCGCGAACUCCACUGCCUGUUACCCAGACUCCCUGUCCUCUUGGGGCAGUGAGAUUGAAGUCCUCGGGGAAGGAGGAGGGACCCCAGGAGAACAACCGACAGAACAUAGAGAACCUGUCGGGCACGCUUCUGCUCAAGAGGAAGGCCAGAGCCUGCCCAACUCCACAAGAAAAAGGCUCUUCACCAUCAAGCCACAGUCAGGGACCUAAAGAGAACAAAAGUUACCCUGCCCUUGGUCCUACAGCACUUUCCCCACCCAGCUUGUACCCCUCUGUGGACGAGCGGCUGUUGCCCAGGAAGAUCAGGCUGAGCCGCUCAAAGCUGUCUCCUGAUGUCUGUACGUCCAAGCCUGCCGGCCUUUUAAGUGGACCCAGCUCAGUACCCCCAGCCCCUGGCCGGCGUCUCUGGCGGCAGAAGAGUAUAAAGAAAGAAGCACCAGAGGACAAGCAGAAAACAGGGCGAACUAGUCCUCUACAGAGCACUCCAAGCCAGUCUGGUCUUGGAAAGUCGGGUGGGAACAGGAAGCAGAGCCCUGAGGUCAGGGCACCUAACUCAGACCCUGCAGAGGGGCAGGUCGGCAGAGUGAAGCUUCGCAAGAUUGUCAACGGGACCUGCUGGGAGGUAGUUCAAGAGCCUCCCCUCAAAAACUCUCCAGAUAGCCCUCAGAUCCCAGAACCUGAAGACUCAGAAGAGCCUCCAGGGACUCGGCCGUCCUCAGGUAACGAGCAGGAAGUGACAUCUGCUAGAAUAGACCUGUGUGAGGACUCCCCCAUGCACUCUAGGCUACAAGACAUCCUGCUCUCUGCUAGCCACUCCCCGGACAACCCAGUGGUGAAGUCCGGGUUUGGGUCCAGUCCAGAGCUGACAGGGCAGGAACCGGGACUGGAUAUUGACUGCAGAGAGCCCUAUGCAUUUGACACAGGCCUGCUCCGGCAGCCGUGCGAGGCUGAGGAGUACCGAAUCACCAGUGCUGCCGCCACCAGUGAGCUGGAGGAAAUCCUGGACUUCAUGCUCUGUGGCUCAGACAUCGAGCCACCCAUAGGGUCUCUGGAGAGUCCCCGGGCUGAGGGCUGCAGGACCCCUAGUUAUCACCUGACAGAAACAGAAAAGAACUGGAUUGAAGGGGAAGAAUGGUGUUUGCCAGACGUGGAGCUCUGGCCCAGGGAAAUCACAGGAUUGGAAAAGGAACCUGCUGGUGAGAACAAAGGGCCAACUGAGCCUUUUAGCCCCCUUGUCAUGCCCUCUGAGGUGAGUGAAGGGGAGGUGCUUUCAAUGGGAGGCUCUUGGACUCCAGACCUGGAAAUUCCCAGCUCCCAGCCACUGGAUGGUCAGAGAGACAAACUUUUCCACAUCAACUCCCUUGACCCUCCCCAAAGGUCCUAUGGGGACCUCUUACAUCCCUGUUCAAACUGGGUGGAGACUGGGCUGGAAGUGUCCCUAACUCCGGAUGAAGUAUUAUACCCUGCUCCAGAGGCAAGCAAGGAGGGAUUUAGCAACUCUGAGUUGUUGGAUCCACUUCCUGCUAGCCCUGAAGAGGAAGAGAUUGAUGUGGUGGACUCGAUGUCAGAGGGGAUUGUGCCCAUGAGUAUUCCCUCCGUAUGGCCCGACCCUUCCUCAGAGUCAGAAACAGAGGUGGACAUACUAACGUAAUGGAGUGGGGAGGGCAGGUUAGAGGGACUGGGAGGGUGGGAGAUGUUGGCUAACAGAAGGCACACGGGCGGGCUGGCACAUGGCCUGUCCUCUUAGCACAAGAGGCAGAUACACCCCCAGCUCUCCUUCCCUCCCCAGGCUUUUGGAGGCAGACAAAAAUCGUUCCAUGAGGAGAAAACUAUGAACUUGAACCAUCUUACCUCUUUAUAAUCUAUUUUGCAGUUAGUGACAAGUGAAACAAUAAACUGUGUGUCACAACUCUAAGUGGGUCAUAGGUAACAGCCAACAGCCAAAGCCAGGUCUCCCAGGUCAAGAGGCAACUCAGGAAGAGCUGAGAAAGACCAGCCCUCUGUGGUGGGGGUUCUGUGGGAGAGAAAAUGUUCCAGAAGGAGGUGUGAAGCAAUGCUGGGAUGGAACACUAAGUGGGUGGGAGUGACAGGAUAUUGUCUAGUACCUAAUGUGCGUGGCUUAGUCACUGCCAGUAUGGUUAGUCUAGCCAGAACCUCCACAGGGGCCAGGAAGAUGUACUUGCAUCAUCUCUUCGGAGAAGUGAGUUGAAAAAGAUACAGCUGCUUUUUUAAAAAGAAAUUAUUUAGUUUUUCCCCAUAGUUUUUACAAGUAUUUCACAUGCUCUAACAGGGACCACAGGAGUUCCAGGUUAAUUGGUGACCUUAGGUUAUGAAAAACACAAGGGGGACCAAUCCCAUAAGGCUGGCUUAGGGCAUCCCUUACCAUAAGAUUAAGUUUUACUUCAUUACUCAUAGAUUAUAUCAAGCUCAAAUACUUUAAUUUUUAUUAAACCAAUCCAAGAACUUUUCAGUGCCUUACUAGAGGAUUGCGUCACAACUGAACCGCCGUUUCUGGAGAAGAAACCACAGCUUCAGGCACAUGACUGAAGUUUGGCCAUGUCCCGUCAUAAAUGCUCCAACAUCACCAGGGACA